AUGUCUGAUGGGAAUGGGAAAGGUGAUACCCCUGCAGUGGAGGGCGUUUCGGGGAAGGAAACAGUGGAUUUUGCACCCUUGGGGGGGAACCCUGACGAGUUCCGGUAUUUCCCGGAUACACCGGACUCGAUCACACACAAAUACAAGUUCCAAACGAAGGGGGACAGUAAGUUCUACGACCCGUGCCAGGAGUCCUCGAAGAUGAGCUUCACGUGCCUCGAGCAGAACGACUACGACAGGUCUAAAUGCAAGGCGUACUUCGACGCCUACAGAGAGUGCAAAAAACAGUGGCUCAAGGCGAGAAGAGCUAAUAAGUCCCAGUGGGAGUAA